CACUGUGUAAGAUGGCUGGUAUCUGAAUCUUGGUAAAUUGUCUUUGUUUUCAUUACAGAUUUAAGUGCCUUAAAAAGUGAUUUAGCCUUAAAUAACCGUAUAGUUGAAUGUAAUCGAAAGUUUAUUGUGUGGUGCGUGUGACGUAGUGGAGUGUAGAAGCCCUAUGAUGAAAAUAAUGUGUUAAGUGUUCGUAAAUUCCUCCACAUAGAAUGAGAUAGAUUGACAAUUGACACUUCAAAAUCUGUCAGUUCUUGCAGCAGAUUCCAUUUGUUUUAGAAGAAUAAAAGUUGUAAAGUCGAAUCAACUGCAAGAAUCCCCAGGAGUUCGUCGAUCCUCUCUUGUCUUCCAAUGUAUGCAAUGUAUGAAUGGGCGUAAUUGUAGUGCAUACUCAUGUGCGGGGAGCCAUGUGAAUCGCUAGUGUGUGGCAGGGCCCAGCAUGGGCCAACAGCCUCGGCCCCAACUGAACAUGAAUCCCAGCGCGCCAGCCCGCUCGCCGGGCUACCACCAAAAGGCCAUGGAGGAGAUCCAGAACUCGCUGCGACCGUUCGCAAAGAGCGGCAGCGAGGCCGUGGGCUCCAGUGCGGCCAGCACAAUUUCGAAUUUCUCCGCCACGAGCGGAGUGAGCUCGCUGAGCUCGACGUCCGGCACUAACGGCACCGACAAGGACGUCCUCCAGCUCAGACACACUCUCUCGCAGCUCGUCAACAUGGGCUAUUCGGAGGAAGCCUCGUUGCGAGCGCUGCAACUCUCCAACUCGCGUCUGGAUGGCGCACUCGACUAUCUCAUGAAACAGCAAAUCGAUCCCGGAAACAAAUGCGGUUACACCAAACUCAUACGUAAACCUAGCAUAGAAAGAGAAUUGGUUCUGCCUCGAGGAAGUCCGGCUUUAGAUAGCGGAGCCGGAAGUUCCCGAUCUGAUAGUCCGAGAUUGACCGAAAUACAUUCGACAGUCAGCCGUUAUUCUCCGAAUUUCAGCGAACCGCCACCGCCACCACCUCCUCGAAACACGCCGCCACCUCCUCCACCACCUCAUGUCCCAUCGUCGUAUCCUGCAUUAAACAACGUUCAACAAUUAUUAAAACGAAUGUCGCCUGCUCCUAUCGUACCAGCAAGAGCGCCACCUGCCGUACCUUCAUACAACUCGCCGGCGUUACAACAAAGAGGAACUAGUCCUGUUAGUAGUGUAUCCUCCUCUUCCGGUCGGCAACCUAUGGUCGUCCAGAACGGUCCUCAAGUCCAACAACAACUAUCUCAACAAAUCCAAGCUCUGAGUUUGUAUCAAAGUAGCAGCGCUUCAACUGCCGAACCUCCACCUCCUUAUCCUCUAAUCCCGCCUAGUCCUUCCAACUCGGCUCCUCCUCCUCCUUCCUACUCCGCCUCGAUGCAAAAUCGGCACAGUCCCACUCAAGACUUUCGUAAAAGCCCUUCGUCUGGUAUUUAUUCUGGCUCCACCUCUGCCGGUUCUCCUAGUCCUAUCCCUGUCUCGACGACCACGCCUACAGCUAUGGCACGCCCUACUCCUCUCCUCGCAUGGGGUGCCCGCCAAACAAAAACGCAACCUCCCAUCAUCAUGCAAUCUGUCAAAAGUACUCAAGUCCAAAAACCCGUACUUCAAACUGCCGUCGCACCGACUGUUCCUCAAAUCCCGACGUCUCCUACGAGUACUACUCCUUUAGUCACAUGUGCACCUCCUCCAUCAUAUACCGCUUCUAUCCAACAGAAAGGCUACACGACGAGUCCUAAACCGGCGGCUCCGUUGCCUACCACUACCUCUGUGGUCGUACCGACAACCGAACCGCCGAGUUAUGCCAGUACUAUGCAAGCGAAAGCUAAAGCUCAACGGGGGAUGGGGCUGUCACCGCAUCCACCGCCACCUUACUCGGACGAAAAUCAUGCUCAAGUCAAUACAGUUGAAUGUGCGAUGUCGCCGAGAGCGUCGCCGAAUAUUCAUCCACCUCUGCAGAGGAAAUACUCGCCUGUCGUGUCUUCGGAAUGCACGGCGUCGAGGUCCGAUAGUCCGCAGUCGACGUCGUCAGGGGAUAGUAGGCCUUCGUAUCCGGAUAAUGGAGCCCCACCACUGCCACCAACAGCAUCUUCAUCUGUCAAAAACAACCACAACGCGAUAAACGGAAAUGGCGAGAGCAAGAAUAACGACAUCCCGCCGCAAUUGCCUCCUUACACAAAAAUAAAACAUCAGUCACCGAUACCGGAACGGAAAAAGAUCAGUAAAGAAAAAGAAGACGAAAGGCGGGACGGCAAAGUGAAAAAUUACUCGCCUCAAGCAUUCAAAUUCUUCAUGGAACAGCACAUCGAGAACGUCAUCAAAUCAUAUAAACAGCGAAUGUCUAGAAGAAUUCAACUAGAAAAUGAAAUGACAAAAAUUGGAUUGAGUUCCGAGGCGCAAAAGCAAAUGCGUAAAAUGCUCUCGCAGAAAGAAUCGAAUUAUAUAAGACUCAAACGAGCGAAAAUGGACAAAAGUAUGUUUGUUAAGAUCAAACCGAUUGGGGUUGGAGCUUUCGGAGAGGUGACUCUGGUGAGGAAAAUUGAUACGAAACAUUUAUAUGCGAUGAAAACUUUGCGAAAAGCUGAUGUGCUAAAGAGAAAUCAAGUGGCACAUGUGAAAGCGGAAAGAGAUAUUCUUGCUGAGGCUGAUAACGAAUGGGUUGUUAAAUUGUAUUACUCGUUUCAAGAUAGUGAUAUUCUUUAUUUUGUUAUGGACUAUAUCCCGGGUGGGGAUCUUAUGUCGUUAUUGAUCAAGUUGGGAGUUUUCGAAGAGCAUUUAGCAAGAUUUUAUAUUGCGGAACUGACUUGUGCAGUCGAAAGUGUGCAUAAAAUGGGUUUUAUUCAUCGCGAUAUCAAGCCGGACAAUAUUUUGAUUGAUAAAGAAGGUCACAUUAAACUCACCGAUUUCGGUUUGUGUACAGGAUUUAGGUGGACACAUAAUUCGAAAUAUUACCAACCUAACGGUGACCACAGUAGACAGGAUUCUAUGGACCCGAUUGAAGAUUGGGGAGAAGAGUGCAAAUGUAUGAAACCAUUAGAAAGGAGAAGACGAAGGGAACAUCGAUGUUUGGCACAUUCAUUGGUUGGUACUCCUAAUUAUAUCGCACCUGAAGUGUUGCAACGUAAAGGAUAUACGCACGUCUGUGAUUGGUGGAGUGUCGGUGUUAUCCUGUAUGAAAUGUUGGUGGGGCAACCUCCGUUUCUUGCGAAUACGCCUGCAGAAACACAACACAAGGUGAUAAAUUGGGAGACGACGUUGCAAAUACCAAAGCAAGCGAAUCUUUCCAAGGAAAGUACUGACUUGAUAUUAAAAUUGUGUUGUAGUGCGGACAAACGCUUAGGUAAAAAUGCUAGUGAAGUGAAGUCGCAUCCAUUCUUCAAAGACAUAGAUUUUGACCGAGGUUUGCGUCGUCAGCCGGCUCCGCAUAUACCUCGCAUCGAAUAUCCUACCGAUACGUCGAAUUUCGACCCGAUCGAUCCCGACAAAUUACGAAAUUCGGCGUCGAUCGAUUCGAGCACUUCUGACGAACUGACCGACAGUUCUAAGCCUUUCCAUGGCUUUUUCGAAUUUACAUUCAGGCGCUUUUUCGAUGACGGAGGUGGUCCAGCUUUUAAUAAAAUCAGCCUAGACGAUAAUGACAAUCAAGGCUCUGUGUAUGUGUAAUCUUCUUGGAAAUGUUCCGUGGUGGACCCUCGGAACAUGGAUUUUCGCAGGUUUUUGCUCUUGCCAACUGGAAUUUGUAUGCAAGAUUUUCAGCAGGAAAUUGUGUUUUGCUCUCGUGUCUGGUUAGUUCAAAUAAGGACUCGUAGGCCUUAUUUAAUGAUGGUUUAGUGCCGCUUUCGUUACUUUAGGUUUUUAGUCAAAUGUGACGUAACGGAAGCGGUGCUUAUUUUGCAACCAAAGCCUUAAAAUAGCUGCCUUGUUCUACUUUUAAUAGGAGAAAAUCAGUAACCAAUCGAUGGCACUUGCAAUUUCAACGAAAUGUGGAAAAUAGCGAAUGACAGUUAGUAAUUGACAAUUGUUUUUCCCAUUUUAGUAGUUACGAACGAAAAACCUACCAAAAGUCAGCCACUUUGGUGGUUUUCUCCUAUAAGAAAGCUCAAAUUUUCAUACUUUGGUAAGAACUGAAAGAUUCUAUAGUACAAUUCGCUAUUUGAAUUUAAAAAUUUGUAUAGCGUGUAAAUUAUUUAAAAAAUUGGAAAAAUGGUGCUAAUUUUUAUUCAUACUUUAAAUGUGAUAUCUACUGAAUGUCUAUAAAAAUUAUUUCUGACAUGUUGAAAUGUUGUUUCGUUUUAAUUGCAUUUAUGUCGAGCUUUACCCGUACUUAAAGCCUCAGUUUCGACGUCAACAGGCAUUUAAUUAAAAACAAAUCGAAAUCGUUGAUUUGUUGCCACAGUGAUUGAGCUGUUUUGAAAUAUUUUUAUGGAUAGUCAGUUGUAUGCAACAAUAAAUUAUUAUUAUUGUAUAUUGUGUACAAUACUUUAGGGAUUUGUAAAUAUAAUUAAAUCAUCGAAUGUGUAAUGAUCGGUCUAAAGGUACUACUAACCACUUGCGGGAUUUUUGUUAAGUUGUUAGAUGGAAAAUUGUGAAUUAGUUGAAGAGAGCAAGAAAAAUUAACAAGCACUGCCUUUUUUAACUAAAAAAAGAAUAAUUAUUUAAUAAUCUUGCAGUAAAUCAAAAUAGUUUUGUAAGAGCAUAAUGUUUAAUUUUUUUCUCAGAAAAAAAAAUGCUGUGUUACAAUUAGUUAUAACGAUACGCUCAUAACUUAAUGCUUAGUUAAAAUAUUUAUUACAUUUCUCCUCAUUCUAAAAUUUAUUUGUAACACCCUCUUAGCUUAAGUAUGGAUUAAUUUAGCAUAUAAUUUUUCUAGUCUAUUGGAAUUUUUUUAUCGUUUAAAUAUAUUAUUGAUUUAAAUGUUGUUUAUAGGUCAUAAUGUUGUUCCUUAAUUAUGCAAGAAAAAAUAGUAAAAAGCGAUGCACUUAGGAAAUUAUGAUUUGAGUGCCUACAUAGUGUAAAUGUGUGUAAAUAAUUAUAUAUUUUUGGAAACA